AGAUAGUAAAACCAACCCCAAGGUGGCUCUCCAGGUCUUACCCAAUGCCACAAGCGAGAUGGCGGCCUUGAAGACGAUACGGCAAUCACAAAGCCCGAUGAUAGUCCACGUCGCAGAGCUGAUCAAAGCUGAUAUCAAGAAUGGGCCAAGAGGAUUCUGCUGGAUUGCAAGCCGAGCCAUCCUGGGCCCAACAUUGGAGCAUGUAUUUUUACCUCCGCAGAUGGCGUGGCAUGUCCUACUUCAGCUGGGAGACGCAAUAACCUUCAUUCACAGCCUACGCAUGGCACAUGAUGAUAUAACGCCCGACAACGUCAUGCUAGAUCAUUCCCGCGAGUCUUUUCCGGGCAUGCCAAACGCUGUUCUGGUCGAUUUCGGCAUGCUUCGUUGUUGGCUUUGCAAAACGGUGUGGCAUCUAAUAGCCCAGGGGGAGUGGGACCAGGACCUCGAUGUGGUAGAGAGACUGCCUCAGCAUAAUUUCCUCGAGGCUAUCAAGGAGGAGUGAAAUGACGAGGCUCUCACUCAGCGGGCCUCUAUAUUACCAGCUGCUUUGAAUGCGAUGAAGGAAGAUAUUGCGAGUAAACGAGUUUCACUGGAUGAUGCCAUCGCCGCUGCUAUUGACGAUCAUCUAGAGCAGACCGGUAUUGGUGAGAAGUAGUGGCGACUACGAGGCUGUGUAUAGACAGAAGUAACUGAUUGCUUUGGCG